UAUGGCAAGUGCUGAAUGGGCUUGUUGGCGAGGGCCAUUAUGGGAACGGCGGAGGAGGUGGUGGAAAUAGAGAGUUUGGAGAAGAGUUUGUUGGAGGAGAAUGAGCGCGAGACGGAGGCGGUGCUCUAUGCGGCGUCGUUCCGGGAGAUGGAACACAGAUUCGUGAAGUAUCAAACAGUGCAGUGGGUGCUUUACUCCGUGUUGUUGAUUCUGGCAUGGGGCAUUGGAUUUCUCAUGUUGCUUUAUCUACCAGUGAGAAGGUUCAUACUGAGGAAGGAUAUUCGUUCUAGAACCCUCUAUCUCACUCCAAACGCCAUUGUUUACAAGAUUACGAGGCCGGUGCCAUUUCCGUGUUUUGGAGUGCUGAAGAAGGAGAAGCACGUUUUGCUGCACUCUGUGGCAGAUGUUGUGGUUGAACAAGGAUACUUGCAAUCACUUUUUGGCGUCUAUUCUCUUAGAGUUGAAAAUGUUGGAGUUAGAAGGCCACCCAGUGAUGAUGUUAAAAUCGAGGGGGUUGCGAACCCAAAUGCUUUCAGGAAGGCAGUUAUGAUGCGUCUAUCAAAUAUGAGAAAUGAGGUUAUGUCGAGGCAGGUUUCUACAUUUGAAGAUGUUCCAAACCAUCUGAUGAUGUCUACAUCGAAGUCAUUGAAACAUGAUUAUAAACCUUCUCGGGAGCAGCUACUAAUGCAGAAACUAGAGGAAGUUGGAAGCUCUGUCAAGAGAAUACAAUCUUUAUUUGAAGAGCAACAAUCCCAAACAACAGAAUCCAUAGAUUGAGGUGCGGUGAUAUUGUAACUAACGAUCAAUAUCUCUUUCCAGGGCAGUUUUCAGUUUCAAUAAAUAUUAGUGCUACUUUGUUGACAGCCCCUAGAAGUGUAUGUUUGACGCCACCUGCAAAAUUGUAGCUAUUUAUUUUGUUAGUUUGUAUCCCGUAGCUCUCAAAUUUGCCUCUUUAAACAACAAAAAUUGUACAUCUUGAUCGUUAUGCGGCUUGAAGGCUUGAAGGUGUCUCGAAAUGAAUACGUUUCAAAUGUUCUAUGUCUGUUGAUUAUUUCAGAUGUAAUACUUUUCUCCCGUUUUAUUUUCAUGUAAUGCAGAGUGAGAAGCUUUUUGUAUUGUA